AUGUCUGGAGGAGGAUUUGACGCUCACUUUGUUGAACCUCUCUCUGUCCGAUUGACAUGCCCCAUUUGUCAAUUGGCAACGCGAGAACCUAGGGUUACGGAAUGUGGUCACCAGUUCUGUGUUGAAUGCUUGGGGCCCCUCAUUAGCGAUGGCAAAAUGACAUGCCCUCUGUGCAGGAAGGAGCUGAAGGAAGCGGAUAUCUACCCAAGCAACAUGGUCAAACGCGAAAUUCUGAGUCUGAAGAUUCGUUGUGAUAGGCACGAGGAAGGCUGUAACUGGACUGGUGAACUACGAGACCGCAAUCAACACGACCAAGUAUGUGGCCACGUAGCUGAAAUGUGUAAUUGUGGAAAUCGGAUAAUGAAAAAGGACAGGGAGAACCACGACAGAAAUGAAUGCAAACGACGGAUCGUACGCUGUUGCUACUGUGACGAAGUGCUGGAACAUGUACAGUUAGCUUCUCACUACGAGGUAUGUUACAAGUAUCCUGUUGGUUGUCCUCAUCAGUGUGGAAUGCAGGUAGCUAGGAAAGACAUGGAAAUGCACUCUAGCAAAGAGGGUGAGUGUCCUAACAGUCCUUUACAGUGUGAAUUUGCAUCAGCUGGAUGUCAGUACACUGGCAAUAGAAAGGAGUUACAGUAUCAUUUGAACAAGGAGACUGUUCAUCACCUCGGUUUGGCUGUGAGCUCACUGCACAGCAUAACAGUUAGAUUGGCAGUUGCUGAAACAAAGCAAAGAGAAACAGAUAAAAAGUUAGCACAUGCUGAAAAGAAGCUAGCAGAAGCUGAGAAAAAGCAGAAAGCAAAACUUGAAUCAGUGCAAGCACUGAAACGUGAACUGAAAUCAUUAAAAGCAUUCACACAUUUUUGUACUCCAUCCUGGAAAAAUUCUGUACGAUCAAUAGACUCUGUGAGGGCUGCGCUAGGUGAACAAACGCAGGUUUCCUUUUACUGGGACAAGGAUUUUGUUCAUUUUUGGAAGAUAAACAACCCUGUCAAAGCAUCUCAAAAAAAAUUUUUAUCUCAAAAAAUGCAUGUUGAAAAUUCAGGAUUGCAUUUGCAGCUCGCUCUAAAGUUGGAAGCGAAAGAGUCUGAUAAGCGGUCUGCUUUGGCAUAUGUGACUGUGUAUCGUGUCAGAGGAGGGUAUGGUGAAGAAGCACGUCAUUGUAUGCAUCAGAUGUCGAUGUGUUUGCUAAACCAACUGCCAUCGCGGACCGGCUUUUUACCCCUAGGGCGGACCCUAGGGCUGGACCGGGAAUUAAUAAAGGUCACUGGAAAGAUUGAUUUUAGUUCCAAAAUAGCUCCUUCCGUGGAACACUCCCAAGAGUUGAAAAAAUCAGAGCAUUCAGCAGAGCUGUCUGUUUUCGAAGACCAUCUGUUCAAGCUUGAUUUGACACUUCCAGAAAUGAGUUACCCUCCACUGAAUGACGAAUUGUUGGUUACUUUUCAGCUGAAACAGUUACAGCUAGAUUUGCCUAAGAUUUAGAUUGUAUCACUUGAUAUCAGUUGAACAGA